UAGGAAUGAGAUGAUGAAGUCAUGGCCAUGACUUAAUAAGGCGUGGCAACGAGAUCACGGCUUACUAAGUCGUGGCCACACAUUAGGAUCUCAUUCCCACGCCUUACUAAGCCAUGGCCACGCAUUAUUUUUAUUUAUGCCGGUUGUCAUCAGCAGGGCUCCGUACUAACUCAUUAUUUCGACAUGACAGUUAUUUCGAGAUACCAAAUCAACACUCCGAGGAACGUAAUUCAGUCUCUUUUGAAACUGUCCACAUAACCUAAUGCUGCCGGAAACAAAGAAGGAAAAAAGAUCACACGCGGUCUUUCCUCCUCUACCUGGUGGGACAGUGUCUCUGUUCCCUCAUGAAGUCUGUGAAAGCCCUUGCCUGCCUCCACGUGUUCAGCGCUGGAGAGAGAGUGGUUUCACAGAUCAAAAGGAGUGCCAUGCCCACUUUAUGGUGUGUAGGAACACACACACACCUUCCCACACAGACACACACAGCGUCUCAGUCUGACUGGUACAACAGGUCAACAAAGUCGUCGGCUGAGAAGUAGCGCGCCGCAUGGCUAACCAGCAGCAGUGUCGACUUGUUGCCCCGCUCGCAGUUCUACUGCUGGGAGUUGUAGGCAUUCUCCUGCUCGCCAUUAACACCGAAGACAUCAAGGAGACUCCGCAGAACAUGUAUGGCAUCGUCCUGGAUGCUGGGUCCUCUCAUACAGCGAUGUUCAUCUACAAAUGGCCUGCAGACAAGCAGAAUGGCACAGGAAUCGUCACCCAGCACAGCGAGUGCCAUGUGAAGGGUGGAGGAAUAUCUAGCUAUGCAGGCCAAAAAGGAGGAGCUGCUCGUAGCCUGGAGGAGUGCAUGGAGAAAGCUGUUCAAGAAAUUCCCAAAGCCAGGCACCCUCUCACUCCUGUCUACCUCGGAGCUACAGCUGGCAUGAGACUGCUGAACAUUUCCAACCCCAGUGUGUCAGAUGAGAUUUUAAAGGAAGUGGGGGACAAGUUGAAGGCGUAUCCAUUUAGCUUCAAAGGGGCCACUAUCUUGACUGGGCAAGAGGAAGGAGCAUACGGCUGGGUCACAGUCAACUACCUUUUAGAAAACUUUAUCAAGUACGGUUUUGUAGGCCACUGGCUGUUCCCUGGCAGAAACACAGUUGGCGCACUAGAUUUUGGCGGAGCCUCCACUCAGAUUACCUUUGAGACCAGGGAAAAAGUAGAGGACGUUAACAACCUGAUGAUGCUGCGACUGUACGGCCGAAACUACAGCAUCUACACUCAAAGCUUCUUGUGCUACGGCAGGGACCAGAUGUUACGGCAGCUGCUGGCUCACUUGGUCAAGACUCAGGGAUCCGACGGCCCCGUAAUCCACCCCUGCUAUCCAUCAGAUCAUAAUGUGUCCAUGGGCCUGGAUGCCAUUUUCGAUUCCCCAUGCACAGCAAAAGAAAGACCCGUACCCUAUACCGCUGAGAAGAAGCUGCAAAUACAAGGUUCAGGGAACUACCAGCACUGCUUGGGAAACAUGUCAAUGAUCUUCUCCUUCCAGUCCUGCCCGUACUCCAAGUGCUCCUUUAACAAUGUCUUCCAGCCCAACGUCAGUGGCAACUUUAUGGCAUUUUCUGCCUUCUUCUACAUUCACUCUUUCCUGAAGCACACCACUGACAUCACUGUCUCUACCCCCGUUCUCCUAGAGGAGGCAGCCAUCACCGUCUGCAACAUGAGCUUCCAGGAGAUGCUGGAGAAGGUUCCAGAACAGCAGAGCCGUCUGCAGGACUACUGUGCAGCCACAGUCUUCAUGCAAGUGCUCUUGCUCAAAGGCUACGGCUUUGAUCGGCUCUCUUUUCCCCAGAUCUCCUUCCAAAAGAAAGCAGGGGACACCUCAGUUGGCUGGGCUCUGGGCUACAUGCUGAGGUUGAGCAGCCUUCUGCCGUCUGAGAGUGUGGCCCUGAGGAAGGCCCUGCAUCCAGGGGCUUGGAGUACACUCAUCUUCCUCUUCACCGUUCUAAUGUUUGUAGCACUCCUGUCUAUCUUUCUGCUCAUGUUCCGCAAGAAGAAAGAAAGUGAUGUGGUCCUUUAAUAACAGCUACACAGCACUGUGAUUCAGCAAGCUUUUGUAAGUCAUUAAUGCACUGAACAGGAAGUUUUAGUAAAAAAGUCUACGUCUAUGAAGAGAAACAUGGUAUGUCAGAUAAAAGUGAAAAACAUUUAUUGCUUCGCUGUUUAUAUCGCUAUUACUGAGUUUGUAAAAUUAGAUAGUGGCAUAAGUCAUCACUAUGACCUGGAAAGAGAAAAGCCAUAGGCUUUAAGGAUAAAUGAUACCUUUUUCAAACUAAAUGGACUCGUUUGUAGUUGUUUACUCUUGGUACUAAUAAACACAUUCAGGGUUUUGUUCUCUGUGACAGUUGGAGGUUUUAGAAGGAAGAAUGUUUAAGUAGCUUAUGUUACACUUUUUACAGGAAUUUUAUGUACAGUACUUAUUUUUUAGUGUAAUAUUAACAUUUGAAUAUUUUGUAUAUGUGAAACAUUUUGAAUUCAGGGACUAUGCAUUUUAUACACAGAAAAUCAUGAAGAUUAAAACUAAUGACAUGAUUGUACUGAUGAUGAAUAAAAAACUAUCUUUCAUAA